AUGCGUGAAAUAAUAACAGUACAAGUUGGACAAGCUGGAAAUUGUAUUGGUGAAAGAUUUUGGGAGUUAGCGUGUGAAGAACAUGGGAUCGAUUCGUGUGGGAGUUAUCAUGGUGAAAGUGACCUACAGCUUGAACGUAUAAAUGUCUAUUUUAAUGAGACAAGAAAUCAACGUUAUGUACCACGAUCUAUUUUUGUCGAUCUCGAUCAAAUGUCGAUUAAUAAAAUUCGAAAUUCAACCUAUAAAAAUUUAUUUAAUCCAGAACUUUUAAUCAAUGGAAAAAUGAGUGCGAGUAAUAAUUUUGCCAAAGGAUUUUUCACUGAAGGUGCUGAAAUUUUACCUGAAUUAAUGGAUACGAUUCGUAAAGUAGCUGAAGAAUGUGAUUUAGUACAUGGUUUUCAAUUUUUACAUAGUAUCAGUGGGGGUGCCGGGGGUGGUUUAGGUUCAUUAUUAAUUGAUAAUAUUCGACAAGAAUAUCUCGAUCGUAUUAUAAAAUCUUAUUCAAUAUUUCCUGCGUUAUCAAUGUCACACGUUGUUGUUGAACCAUAUAAUGCUGUACUAACAAUGAAUCAUUUAAUUGAAAACACCGACGAAACAUUUUGUUUUGAUAAUAUUACUUUAUUUGACAUGUUCAAUAAAACACUUCGACUUCCACAAGGAAGUUAUACAGAUAUUAAUCAUAUAUUAGCACAAGUUAUGAUUGGUAUCACAGCUUGUUUUCGGUUUCCAGGACAAUUAAAUAUGGAUUUACGUAAACUAGCUGUGAACAUGAUACCUUUUCCAGCGCUUCAUUUUUUAACAACGUCAUUUUCACCUUUGCAAGCACGUCACAUAACGCUACAUAAGAAUAUAAAUGAACUGACACUAAUCAAGCAAAUGUUUGAUGUAAAUAAUCAAAUGUUAGCAUUUAAUCCACAACAUGGAAAAUAUUUAACAGCUACAGGAAUAUUUCGUGGGAGAACAUUAUCACUGAAGCUUUUGCAUGAUUAUAUAUCAAAAGAAAAAAAUAGUCAACGUUUCAUUCAAUGGAUACCGAAUAAUUGCAAAAUAUCACAUUGUGAUAUUCCACCGAACGAAUUGUCAUGUUCGGUCACUGGUAUUGCCAAUCAUACAGGAAUAGUAAAACAGUUUGAUUAUAUAUUACAACCGUACACGAAAUUAUUUCAACGUCGAGCGUUCAUUCAUUGGUUCAUUGAUGAAGGAUUGGAAGAAAUUGAAUUGAUCGAAGGAGAAAAUAAAAUAAAAGAUCUAAUGAAAGAUUAUAAACAAUAUGAAAAUGAUGAAUAA